CCAGCUGCGAUGGGCUCUGCUCCCUGACAAGCCGCACGUGGCCCCGGUGCUGACCCUGGGGAUUAAAAGCAGGACCGGAGCGAGGUUUGGGGAUUUUUAUCGGCUGUGCCCAUGGAGGGCGAGUCCCCGCUGGAGCAGUACCUAGAGAGCUAUAGCGGGCAGGAUGACUUCUCCACUAGUCCUCAUCUGUUCACUCCUAUGAACCUUUAUGAUUUAGAACUUCCAAUUCAAACAGCUGAAGAUGGGGUGUUGGCUUCCCAGUUCAGUCAUUCCAAGGAGCUCUGUACAGACUUCUCCUCCGUGGAUCUCAGCUUUCUCCCAGAUGUUACCCAAGAUAACAAAGAACAAAACCUCUCUGAGGAUGGUCACGAAACACAAAAAGAGCUUGAUGGGUCACCAACAAGUAAUGAGGACAGUGGUGUUUUCAUGGAUGAAAGCAGUUUGUCACAUCCAGACACAGCUCAGCCAUCUCCUGAGGCACCUGGCGUGUGUCCUCCCAUGACUCCAAUGACUCCGAUGACCCCAGCAAUAUCUCCUUCAGAAAGUUCUGGAAUAGUCCCUCAGCUACAGAAUAUCGUGUCAACCGUAAACUUGGCUUGUAAACUGGAUCUGAAGAACAUAGCUCUGCAUGCCAGAAAUGCAGAGUACAACCCAAAGAGGUUUGCUGCUGUGAUCAUGAGAAUCAGGGAACCACGAACAACAGCCCUCAUCUUCAGUUCAGGAAAAAUGGUCUGCACAGGAGCAAAGAGUGAAGAGCAGUCAAGGCUGGCAGCCAGGAAAUACGCACGGGUGGUGCAGAAGCUUGGCUUCCCUGCCAAGUUCUUGGACUUCAAGAUCCAGAAUAUGGUGGGGAGCUGUGAUGUGAGGUUCCCCAUCCGGCUGGAAGGCUUGGUUCUCACCCACCAGCAGUUCAGCAGCUAUGAACCUGAACUAUUCCCUGGCCUGGUUUACAGGAUGGUCAAACCAAGGAUAGUGCUGCUUAUCUUUGUGUCUGGAAAAGUUGUACUGACUGGAGCAAAAGACCGUUCUGAAAUCUAUGAAGCAUUUGAGAACAUCUACCCCAUCUUAAGAGGUUUCAAGAAACCAUCAUGACACAGCUCACAGAGGAAUCCAGAAUAACACCUGGGUUUGUGCUGCUGUGCAUGGAACAGAAGCCAAGGGGAUUCCUGGACCCAUUUGUGGGGUUUAUUAAGCAAAUUAUUCAUUUCCAAAUGCCACAUAUGCUGAUGCCUUUCUAUAGCUUGUGAAAUGUUCUUUUCUUUCAGAUUAUUUGUCUGUAAUCCAUCUGAGUUCAGACAACUCUUGUCAAGUUACAGAACUUGAUAAGUGAACACACUUUUAAUAGGAUGUAUAUUAAGGUAGCACUUAAAAAUAUUUUGUAAUAGGAGCCAUGUGUCUCUCUCCUGUUGAACAGGUGAAUCCACACUGCACUUCAAACUGGCUUAAUGAAAAUCCUCAACUUUAAGUGUCCUGAAAUGCUCCUGCAGUGUUGUAGCUUCAUGUUUUUAAGCUCAACAUAUAUUAUUGUCUAUAACAUGGCUUACAAAAUCCUCCAUGAGUUAAUUUUGGUGUUUAGAAGACAUGUACUGAAUCACUCUGAUCCCACUGGCUGGGUAAACUCUUGUGUGUGAUGGUGCAGGAUUUUCUUUCACAGAGAAGACAUUGCAGCUCCUGACUCCUGGAAUAUACCUAGAAAAAUCUGUAGGUGGAGGGUAACUAAUUAAAUUAUCUAAUUUGACACAGGACAAGUUAGAUGUUAACUAAAUGGUACCCACUUGUAUUACUGAAAUACCCUUAGAUCAUGGGAGUUUGGUGCAGACAAAACCACGCUGGUUUGGAACUUUGUUAAAAAUGGACUUGAGGAAAAUACAAAAAGUCUUGGACACUUGUGACUUAAUUAUCUGUAUUAUUUAAGCAGAAUUCAGCCAAUGGCAGUACAUUUGGUAAUUUUUGAGCAAAAACAAUGAGGCUUCCUGUAUUUGGUUUGAACUCAAGCCUUUCUUUUCAAGGUGUCUUGCUCAGAGUGGUUCUGGGAGCAGGAACAGUGCAAAGCCGAUCCCACGGCUGUUCUGGAAAGCCCCUGGAAGCAAGCCAGAACAGUCUGUGUUGUGUUCUUCCCUCCUGAAGGUGUGGUACCUGUCUGGAAACACCACUAGAGGCUGCUCUUAGAUGACUUAAGUGUAACCCAGGCCAAAAUCCUGCUCUGUCCUUACUGGAAAUACUCGGGAUGGGCUAUGGCUCAAGUCAGAACAGGGUCUUGCUGGGCUUAGUUGCUGCCACAACAGUUUAUUUCUGAUUCGGCGAGGGUGUGACUUCAAAAUUGGUAUCUGUUAUGUGUCUCUCACAAGUGUUUUUAUAUCUAUCUCCCUGCUUCUCUGGAAAAGAGUUAGAAAAACUUUGUGCACUUCCUCAUGAUAAGCUGGUCUCAGCUGUUAUCGGUUUCUCUGUCAAACUGUGGAUUUCCACACUCAAGUCAAUUGUAAACACAGGCUUACUUUUCUGUUUGCUUUCUAACACUGGAGACUUUCCACAGCCAUGGGCUGGACUUUUAUUUGCACCGCAGCUGAUGAGCUUCAGUGACAAAAAUCUUUUGUAAGUGAAAACACCUGGUUUCACUGAGGUGUUGGUGGGGGAAAAAUGUUUAUCUAAGAUGAGCCCUCUUCAAGGAAUCACAUUUUGGUUAAGAGCUUGCCACAUGGUUUCAG